AGGGACCAACCAUGAUAUUCAAAUCCAUCACCUCUAAGGUUCCCCGGGUUCUAGCGCGUGUUCCACUUUCCAUCCGACUGACUCACCACGAACGCACAAGCAUCGGUAUUCCUGACAUACUUACAGAGGAGGAAGAAUUAAUGCAAUCCAUGGGUGAGCGCCAUUUCGUGAUUGAUUGUAUUUCUGGAUUAGUUUCCAAGUUUGCCAAGGAAAAAAUCGCCCCGGUUGUCUCCAAAAUGGAUCGUCAAGGUUAUAUGGAGCGAGAGCUGAUAACGUCCUUAUUUGAAGCCGGGCUAAUGGGAAUAGAGGCUCCAGCAGCCUUCGGUGGUAGUGAGCUGAACUUUGUCUCAAGCGUCAUCGCAAUUGAGGAAAUCGCUCGGGUUGAUCCGAGUGUGGCGAUCUUGGUAGAUAUUCAGAAUACGCUAAUCAUCACGUUGUUGUUGAGGCUCGGUACUGAGGAACAGCGUAACCAGUGGCUUCCACGUCUGACAGCCGAUACGAUUGGUUCGUUUUGUUUAUCUGAAGCCGAGUCCGGUUCGGACGCGUUCGCCAUGCGGAUGAGUGCAACGCGUGACGGGACCGAUUUUAUCUUGAAUGGUUCGAAAAUGUGGAUCAGCAACUCCAUGGAGGCAGGGCUGUUUCUAGUCAUGGCGAAUGCGAACCCCUCUGCGGGCUACAAAGGUAUCACAACCUUCCUUGUCUCCCGAGACUCUCCCGGGCUCACAAUUGGCAAGAAAGAGCGAAAACUGGGCCUCCGGGCAUCUUCCACUUGUCAGGUCCACUUUGAUCACGUCCGCGUCCCAGAAACUGCCGUGCUUGGAGAAGUUGGCCUAGGCUAUCGAUACGCAAUCGAAAUGCUGAACGAAGGUCGAAUCGGAAUCGCAGCGCAAAUGCUGGGAUUGGCAGAGGGAUGUUUCGAACAUGCGGUGAAUUAUGUUCGUGAACGCAAGCAAUUCGGCUCGCGAAUAUGGGACUUCCAGGCCAUACAACAUCAGGUCGCAGAUUUCGCCACUCAACUGGGUGCUGCGCGUGCAUUCGUGUACAGCACAGCUAGGAAAAAGGAAGCCAACAUGCCUAUUCAGAAGGAAGCGGCGAUGGUGAAGUACUUGACUGCAAAUUUGGCGGGCGCCGUCGCUUCACGGUCAGUGGAAUGGCUUGGUGGUGUGGGAUUCACCGAAGACUACCCGGUGGAAAAAUAUUACAGGGAUGCUAAAAUAGGCACUAUCUACGAAGGCACAAACAACAUACAGCUCAAUACAAUAGCAAAAUGUAUUGACAAAGAGUUACAGUGAUCAGGCCUUGGGAUCCUCCGCUCCGCCUUUUCCGGGGAGCUCAAGCCCCACCAACCCAGCAGCCUCUUCGGUGGUUUUUUCCCUUGAUUUGUAUUUUUCUAUUAAUCUCUGAAAAUUAUGUAAAACAAAGUUAGGAUUACCAACUAUGUGAAGCAUUUACUUAUUUAAAAAUAUGUGAUGACUUUGCUGACCCAGAA